AGCGCACGGCCGCCAUUUGUAUCGCAGCGCGCGAAUUCCCGCCGUAAAUUUAAAUUUAGAAGUAUUUAAAGACAUUCCAUUCGUUUUUAAAGUUCAAUAAUGCCUAAAAAGAAAUAAAUUGUUCCUAAUUCGAAUUUCGAGUGAUAUUAUAUUUAAGUAGGACAUGUGUUAAUUUGUGACAGUUAUAGCAAAGUUUGCCGCGUGUGAUUAGCAAAUUUUCACAAAAUAUAUUCUGUGAUAACGUUGUGAAACUCUAGCCAGUGUUGUAAACUUUACCGUUUCGGUUUGUUUCGUGAAAUUUGAUUUCGCGAAACGUUGUUACAAACUUUCUUUAUGAUAGGUCCAUAUAUGAAGUGUCAACAUUUUUACCCAAAACAUUAUGAUUUACAAAUGGAUAUUAUGAUAAGAGUGAAGUGUUGUCAAGAAACUAAAAAUCCAAAGUGACAAAGUGGUGGUGUCUGUUCUUCUACGUUCCGUUCUCUGUGUUAUUCUCUUCAUAAUGUCUGACAAAACCUCAUCAUCCAUUGGCCCCAGAAGCUUUGAGACGAUCUCAGAAGAAGAUGGUGAAUCACCCUGGGAGAAAUUAUUGGGUGAUACACCUGUCCCUACCAUUAUAAAAACUAACGCAUCGAGUACAACAAUAUCACCGACGGCUGGCGAUGCAUCACCGCCUCGCAUUGACGGGGAAUCCAACCAGCUGAGUCGCUCCAAGAGUCUCAAUCAACGCAGAAACAGCAGUGGUCUCUUGAGCUCUCUCCCUCGUCAGCUAAGACUGUCUCUACGUGGAGUUCGAAGUGAACCUUCCAGUGUCAAAGAUGCUCCAACUUCAAGAAACGAAAGUGCCCUUAAUCUUCUUCUUAAAUAUCGUCAAGCUCGAUACGCAGCCAGGCGCGUCAGAAAGCGCGUCAUCUUCAAACAUGGAGAUUGUAACGUCGUCCAAUGGAACGUGGCCAAACGCAGGCGCCGAUAUCUUCAGGACAUCUUCACAACUCUCGUCGAUGCACAAUGGCGUUGGACUCUUAUGGUCUUCGCUCUCUCCUUCGUCCUGUCCUGGCUUAUGUUCGCCCUCAUCUGGUGGCUUAUCAUUUUCACCCACGGAGAUCUCAAUCCACCGACAAAUUCCAGUGAACCGUUUAUCCCCUGUUUGAACAACGUCAACACUUUUACCGGCUGUUUCUUAUUUUCUGUCGAAACUCAACACACGAUUGGAUAUGGGUCCAGGACUACUAAUGAAGAAUGCCCCGAGGCGAUCUUCGUUAUGUGCUUGCAGAGUAUUGUCGGUGUUUUCAUUCAAGCUUUUAUGGUGGGUCUAAUAUUCGCGAAGCUGGCUCGGGCCAAAAAGCGUAACACCACCUUGCUUUUCUCGAGGAACGCAGUAAUAUGCUUGAGAGACGGGGAAUAUUGCCUCUUAUUCCGAGUGGGAGAUAUUCGGAAAUCGCAUAUACUGGAAGCGCAUGUACGAGCUCAGCUUAUUAUGAAGAAGAUCACCAGGGAAGGAGAACUGUUACCGUUCUAUCAGCAGGAGUUGAAGGUUGGGGCUGAUGGUGAAGAAGAUAGACUGAUGUUCAUUUGGCCGAUGACUAUUGUCCACAAGAUCAAUGAGAAAUCCCCCCUCUACAACCUUUCCGCUUCGGACAUGCUGAGAGAGAGGUUUGAAAUCGUCGUCAUGCUUGAGGGUGUGAUCGAGUCAACUGGUAUGACAACUCAGGCGCGAAGCAGUUUCCUUCCAUCAGAGAUACUGUGGGGUCAUCGUUUUGAAACUAUGGUCUCCUUUAGAAAAGAGACUGGUGAAUAUGAGGUUGACUACACUCGCUUCAACAACACCUACGAAGUCGAUACGCCACUUUGUUCUGCCAAGCAGUUGGAUGAGCUUCGAGCAACUGUCUCUACUUCACAAAAAUUAGAUCGCAUGCUAGGCACUAUUCCCAAGACAUUCUCUAAUGACACGCUUGACAUGAGUUCCGUAGAUUCCAUGUCGCUGGAUGAACACAUAGAAAUCAAAAUCCCUGAGGCGAGAGCAAGAGAGAACAGACUAAUGGCCCAAAACAACUUUGUGCAACACGUCAAUGAAAAAUAUAAGAAUUCCAGUCACACACAUUUAGCCGUUGAGGAUAAGCACGGGGAGAGAGAUGGGAAGGAUAUCCACAGGAGUCAUAGUCACGCUAGCAUGAAGAAGAUUCACGGGCUUACGCCGAAUGGUAUUGGCCAUUUGGCUAACGGCCAUAUAGACAUCAAUAGGAUAAGCAAAUCACCAAGCGAUAACCAAAUAUCAGAUAAAACAACUGUGAUCCCCAUAUUGGUGACAUCACCAGCACCAGAACCAGCUUGAUAAGAACUUCUAAUUGUAAUAAUUAAUGCGAAUACAACCACAGCAACCUCUUAAGACCCAUAGUUCAAAAUAAUCAGGUGCAUUAUGUUCAGAAUUCUUCUCAAAUGUUGUAUAUUAAUUUAAGCCAAGAAAUCUUUCAAAUAAAGAGCAUUAAUAAAUCUUUACUAGAGAUUUAUAGUAUUUUAUAGUAUUUCAAGUGCCAACAGCUUAUUAAAUUAAGUAAAUUAAAUUUAUUAGUGCAAAUGAAUUAAACAUCUAUUAUAUUUUGCCAAAUAAAUAAUACUUAAUAUAAACUGCACUCAUUUUGUUGAUUUGUGAUUCUCUUUAUGUUUGUUUUUAAAACACUAGAAUUUAAAAUUAGAGUAAUGUGCUAUUUAACGAAUAAAAGUCUAAUUUGGUCCAUACAAUUAUUAUUGAAAUUAUAUCAUUAACAGAUAUAUUAAAACUGUAAUGACAUAAUAUUCAGAACUCCUAAUAUGUCCAAUUAGAUAUUCCAAGAUAUCCAUCCGUCUGCCAAUAUGAUCUGCGUUUUAUGUAACGUUAUAAGUAAUUUUAUUUUCAAUGAAUUGUAGUCACGACUAUUGACGUAUAUAUAUUAUCUAAGCUUAUUUCAUUAUAAAAUAAUAAAUAACCAAAUAAUUGCACCUGAGCCUGAUACUUAAUGCUGCUAAAAUGAUGUAAAAAUAGCAUUGUGAAUUGAUUUUCAUCUUUAUAUUAUUUCUGAUUUACGUAAUCUAGAAAAUAUUGAAUUGGUGAUGCUGCUUCCAAAUUAAACAUUGAAAUACCUACAAAUAAUAUUUUAACUUAAAUAAUAAUAUUAUUUAAGUAUAAUAUCAUAACUUACAGCAUAUAUUAUUACUUGAUGUAACUUUCAUAAUAAUAUGAAUAUGAUAGUAUUUAUUUUAGCUAAAUUUUAACGUGGCUUCCCAAAUUUCUACCAAAUGUAGGUUUUUUAAUAUUUUUUAGCGAAUUUCAACUCUAGUUAAUUACAUUUAAGGCUUUUAGUUAAUAGGAGUUUUCUAUCGACAGUCAAACUAUGGAUAGAAAAUAAUUCUUCCAAAUGACAUAGCUUUUUGCUUAGUUAACAACGAUGACAAUUUUUUGCAUACAUUGAACGGAUAAAAUAGAACAAUUUCACAAUUACAAAAGAAUUCAUAAUAUUUUAUACUUACUUCAAAAAAUUGUCGUCCUUGUGCAUUUGUCUUCAAAAUGACAUUCGAUUUUUAAUAAUGAUAAUAUUUAUAAGAACAGUAAUUAGAGCUUCAAGCUUAAAAAUACCAAACGUAAUUCAAUGAAAUGGCUCUUUAGCGUUAUGGUAACCAGUAUUUUUGAAUUUCUUAAAUAUAAUGUACAAAUAUCUCAAAGCGAUGUUUGUAUAAGAAUAAGAUUUGUUGCGAUGGUAUAUAGAAUUAAUUUUUCAAAUUAAAGAACGAAAGUCAAAUUAAAAGAAGAAGAAAAAACGCGACUACAACAGAAUUAUAAUAGUUCCUUUAAAAUAAAUAUUGGUUUUUAGAAACAGAAAAUAUUCAAUAGAUACCAUGUUAAUACCAUCCUACCAUCCAGCCAUACCAUCUUAAGUAUUUAAAUAAGUGUAAUAAGUUUAUGAGUAAUUUUAGAAACAUGCUUUUAUAAUGAUCACGAAUAACGUUAAGUUAGAGCAAUAUCUGUAUGUAAGUAGCUAAUUGAAAAUCAUGAACCUCAACUAUUAUUAUUUUUAAUAAUAAUAACCUCAACUAUUUUGUUUAUAAUAAAAUAGUGAAAUAUAUAUUGUCUCGUCUAAACUCAAGCAACCUUUUAUUUGGGCUAUACAAAAUAUAUUUUAAUCUUUCAAAACUACGUGUAUUCUAACACUUUUUUAUUAUUGUAGUACUUGGAUAAAGUAGUUCACAGAAUUUUGGUCAUUAACCUUUGUAAAAUUCGCUCAAAAAGAAGUAGAAAAGAGAGUAAUACAAUACUACGUAUAGAUAGUACUAUACAUCAGAAGUGGGUACAUUCAAAACCAAGUUCACUCUACGAGAGCGACAGAGACAAGAACUCAAAGGUUACUGACCGACUUUCUUUCUGCUGCACGACACAAGUGCUUUUAUACAAUAUAGACCUCAGAAUUAGAUUAGAUACAAAAAAUAAAUUGUAUAAAAUUGGUGUGCCAAAUUAAUAGCUAUUCAAUCGUCCUUGUAAGUUAGAGAAAUUAACUUAUAUUAAUAUGAUCAGUUGGAUUGUUUAACAGUUCAACGGAGUCGAAUUGUGUAUUUGAUGUCCUUGCUCCAACUUGGCACUGAAAACUUAAUAUUUAAAAGCAGAUUAUGGAAUUACUCUUUAAAAGGAUCUUUCUAUUAUUAAUUUUAAAACUUAUAUUCCUUUAACUUGGCGAUAUUACAAAAAUGACGUCUCUCAUCGUCAAGGCCCGCUACUACGAAACUUUGACUUAUCCGUUUAUUUCAUAAUAAAUGGAUAAUUCUUAACAAAUGGACAGCACUUCAUAAAUGGAUUAUUUUAUAUACACGGAAAAUUAUAGAUAAUGAUAAAUUGAAGUUGUUUUAAAGGUAAAUUACUCAUAACAUACACUCGUACGGAACGUUGUUUUAACUAAUUUAUUAUUAAGCGAUUUACUUACCAUCAAUGCCGGAUUAAGCAAACGCGGUGCCCGUAGCAAAUUCUUUCAGAGAGCCCUUGGUCUAUAUUGGAAAUAGUCUGUUAUCGAGAGUCUGACGUGAAUUGUCUUAAAUGUAAAAGUUUCACGUUUUUGUGACUUCAAGUGAAUUCCAUUAACCACAUCUUAAUAAGUUUAAUUCAGAAAUUAAUUAAAUUAAUUAUUAAAUAAUUAAUAUUAUUAAUUAAUUCAAUCAAGCAGAGAUGAGUUAGAGAGAGAUGGUUUAAAUAUGUGAGGCACCUUCUCGCGCCCGCUUCUCGGCCCGUAGCAAUUCCUAAUUUUACUACGUGGUUAAUCCGGCACUGAUUCAGCUUAAUAUAUUGUAUCUGACAUGAUCAAAAUAUUAUUUUAAUUUAAUUUGAUCGAAUACCCAGCAUGUUAUCAAAAGGUGAUGCGCAGGCGCCUCUUCUUUACUUCAAUGUAUUGCUUUUAUCAAUAUUAUCAUGUUUUUAGAAUAGUAAAAAAUAUUACAUUUGUAUAAA